AUGGCUUCCUAUUCGUACAAAAACAGGGCCCAGGAAAUGAUCAAGUGCUUUUGCGGCUGCUCAGAUAUCUCAGUGGCGGAUGUCCUGCGGAUUCAAGAUCUGUUUGGAAGGGUUAAGGACACUCUAGCGAACAAGCUGGCCGCCAAGCUAUUUCGCCAAUUCAUGGAGCAAAGACGUCGCGGCGAUAAGAAUGAAACCCAGCAGUACCUGGACAUCUACGAGAAGUGCGUUCAACUUGAAGCGCAGCCCAUUGUCACCCCUGAAGAUUUUAACGAGCUAAGCAAGUUGGGUCUUCCCCGUGAUUUAGAAAAGGAUCUGAAGGACAACCGGAUGGAAAUCAAUCAAUGUCUGAUCCGAAUCCAGGUCAAAUGCUGCAACGAAAUUGAGGCGAGUGACGAUUUUCACGAUUUCAAAUUGGCAAUUGCCAAGAAAUUGAAAUGCGUACCGGAGGAAAUGAAGUAG